GAAAGGUUAGAGAGAGAGAGAGAGAGAGAGAGCUAAGUAAGAGAAGGGCGGGUUGUUUGGUGGGGUACCAACUGCGUCUGGCAAAUUCAUCUUCUGCUCAUCUCCUCUCUCUCAGAGAUUCUUUUCUUGAUCUUCUAUCAUCUCUCUCCCCGGGUGCCAGCCUUCUUCGCCGAAGCUUCGACAUGUUUUGGGUCGACUUAUUAUAUCUCAAUAUCUUUCUUGUUGGAGCUAUGGAGUUUCGGCCAGUUUGCCUCGACCCUCUCUGCAAUUUUAAUAGAGUUCGUGAAUAGUGGUAGUGUUAUUCUAUUCAGAGGAGUUUUGAGGGACGGAGAGUGAGGAUUUGCAGUUUAAGAUGGGCAGUGGGAAGCACAGGUGGAAGCUUUCCUUUCACCGGCCUCAGUCGGCCGUCAGAAAGCUUCCCCCGAAGGAGUUCGUCUGCCCGAUUUCCGGCUCUCUCAUGGCCGACCCGGUUAUUGUCUCUUCUGGCCAGACCUUCGAGCGUAAUUGCGUUCAAGCAUGCAAGAGUCUAGGCUUCAAACCCCUCCUUCCCGAUGGGUCCUUUCCGGAUUUCUCCACCCUAAUCCCUAACCUCGCCCUCAAGUCCACCAUUCUCAACUGGUGCGACGCCUGCCUCGUCGACCUCCCCAACCCAAUUGACUCCCUCUCCGCAGAGAAACUUGUGUGCUCUCUAAUGGCGUCUCAGAAGCAGCAACCGCAAGAAGUGGAAAAGCGCCAAUUUCUUCUCAGUGACGGUGCGAAGAAGCUCACACACGCGGAGAGUGAGUUGGCACGGCGGCCGAGGCGCGUCAGUUCGAGUUCCGACGAGGCAGUGGCUGCCGUCCCGACCUCCGGUUCCCCCACUCCUUUACCUCUCACCACCAGGCCCUCGUGCUACUCGUCGUCUUCCUCCGACGUCGACACUCCGAACCCUGAAUCGGCCGAGGAGGAUGACAUCGUCGCCAGACUGAAGAGCUCUCAGGUGUUUGUUCAGCAAGAGGCCGUUAUUUCGCUCCGGAAAAUCACGAGAACCGGAGAGAACGCUAGGGUUUAUCUCUGCACGCCGCGUCUACUGUCGGCACUCCGAUCGUUGAUCGUCUCAAGAUUUGUCACGCUUCAGGCGAACGCGGUGGCUGCUCUGGUGAACCUCUCCUUGGAGAAUCAAAACAAGGUGAAGAUCGUCCGGUCCGGUAUGGUCCCGUCGUUGAUCGACGUCCUGAAGGGGGGAUUCCCUGAGGCGCAGGACCACGCUGCCGGUGCGCUUUUUAGCUUGGCUCUGGACGAUCAGAACAAAACAGCCAUCGGCGUGCUCGGCGCAUUGCCGCCCCUUCUGCAGGUGCUCCGAUCCGAUUCGGACCGGGCUCGGCACGACUCGGCUCUGGCUUUGUAUCACCUCUCCCUAGUCCAGAGCAACCAGUCCAAGCUCGUCAAACUCGGCUCGGUUCCCCUGCUGCUGGGCAUGGCGCGGUCGGGUCAAAUGACGGAUCGGGUCCUGCUGAUACUCUGCAAUUUGGCGGUCUGCAAAGAGAGCCGAGCGGCUAUGCUUGAUUGUGGUGCAGUGGAGUAUUUUGUCGGGCUAUUGGGUCGUGAUGAGUCAGUUUCCAACUCAAGCCGGGAGUGCUGUGUGGCUGCAUUGUUUGGACUGAGUCUUGGUGGGUUGAGGUUCAGGGGCCUGGCUAAACAGGCCGGGGCAGAGGAGGUUUUGGAGAAGAUGGAGCGAACAGGCAGCGAGCGAGCGAGGGAGAAGGCAAGGCGAGUCUUGGAGGUGCUGAGAGCUCGGGAUGAAGAGGAAGAGGUCGACUGGGAGGAACUACUCAGCUUAGGGGAUGCAAGUUCGAUUUAACUCAGGAAGCUGGUGAAAAAGUGGAAGCUCAACUUGGCUUCUCCCUAACGACUCUAUCCCAGACAUCCUUGAUUGGGCAAAUUGGCACUUCAAAUGCAGGACAAGUAUACCAGCCACCAAACUCUGGUCCCUAGUAAGUGCUUUGAGUUCAUUUUGUUUCUUGGUUUUGAUUAUGUUCGUCUUGCUGAACAUGUUUGUCAAUUUAAUUGUGAGAAAUUACUUUUUUCCCUUGUAACCCAAGUGUUUAUUGCUUGGACCUCACUUAGUGAACUGUGAUAUAGUGAUCUUUUCAAUGGGAGUUGAGAUUUUUA